UCUGUUAGUGAGGAAUACUUUGCGGAUUGUCUCCAAUCACUGGUUCUAUUAUUAUUCAGUUUAUAAAACGUUGGAUUGAUUUAGAUCAGAUGACUUUUCACAUAUCUAAAAUUCUUUCGCUUCCUGGACCAAAGGGCGGAGUAUCUAGGUUGUUUAGUAGAAUGGCUGCAGAAAAAGAUUGGUGGAAAAAAGCAGCAUCUAUUUAUGAAUUUUCUGUCAAAGAUAUUGAUGGCAAUGAAGUAUCAUUAGAAAAAUAUAAAGGUCAUGUUGUAUUAAUUUUAAAUUGUGCAUCCAAAUGAGGGUUCACAGAAAAGAACUACACUCAGCUACAAGCUUUGCACGCCAAGUAUGCUGAAUCAAAAGGUCUUAGGAUCCUUGGAUUUCCCUGUAAUCAGUUUGGAAGUCAGGAGCCUGGAACUGAAGCAGAAAUAAAGACUUUUGUCACAGAUAAAUUUAAUGUUCAGUUUGAUAUGUUCUCCAAGAUAAAUGUGAAUGGAAAUGAUGGCCAUCCUUUAUUUAAAUAUCUCAAACACAAACAAGGAGGCACACUCGGGGAUUUUAUCAAAUGGAAUUUUACAAAGUUUCUAGUCAACAAAGAAGGAAUCCCCGUGAAAAGAUAUGCCCCAAAUACAGAACCAAACAGCAUUGAAAAAGAUUUUGAGAAAUAUUGGUAGUUGUGCAUAAACAAUAAACAUAUCUUAGUCACCAUAGUGCAUGUGACUGUGCCAGAUAGAUGACAGACUCUGUCUUGAAGACCGUAUGAAGGUUGAUAUCAAAUCCGUUCUGGGGAUGUCAACCUGAGCUAUAAUGGCGUGCAACUUGUCUUGCAAGAUGGAGAGUGUUUCUUCAUUGGCAUGUUUACAUCCACCAUCGACGACUUCUGUUGUAUUUCCUAUGUUGUGUAGACUAUAUUGAUUGUUAUCCAUGAAUCAUUGUUUUUGUAUAAGUGAAUCAUAUGUACUUUUAUAUCCAGGAAUCUUUGUUUAUUUUUGUAUAAGUGAAUCACAUGGUCAUCAAAUCUAUUUUUAUGGAUGUAAUUAUUAAUUUUAAAAUAUUUAAAAUUUGCUUUAGCUGUACAAAGCUGUCCAAUUUAAUUUAUGUUUACAUUUUUUUUAAAGUCCUCACGAUGAAAGAUAGUCUAUUUCAGAAUCUUACUGUCAAUUUUGGUCAUGUUGGUGCUAAGAUUUUCAGACUUCAUUUUCCUGAUAUGUUCUGUCCCAUUGCAUUUACCCCACUGCCCCAUCUUUAUUGUAAAUUUAAAAAAAAAAAGCAGAAUGUUAUUUUUUGUUUGAAUUGAAUUGUAGUAAACCAAAGCAUUAUCAAAAUGUUAAAAAAAUGUUGUAUGCUAUGACAAUUAAAUAAGAUGCAUUAUUUUACACAAUGUUUAUAAAAUCUCAACAUAAAAAUUUAAAACAAAA